AUGACUCAAGACACUGUUCAUAUUGGAGGAAGAAGAUCAAAACUUGCUGUUGUUCAAUCUGAAAAAGUUAAAGAAAUGAUUCAGGACGCAUUUGAACAAUAUAGUUGUAAAUUAACUAAAACUCAAACUUUAGGUGAUCAAAUCCAAUUUAAACCACUCUAUUCAUUUGGUGGUAAAGCACUUUGGACAAAAGAAUUAGAGGAUUUAUUAUAUGCACCUGAUAUGAAUCUUAGAUUAGAUGUGGUUGUACAUUCUUUAAAAGAUAUGCCAACAAUUUUACCAGAUGGAUUUGAAUUAGGUGGUAUUACAAAAAGAGUCGACCCAUCUGAUUGUUUAGUAAUGGCUUUAAAUUCAAUCUAUAAAUCCUUAGAUGAUUUACCACCAGGCUCUGUUGUCGGUACUUCAUCUGUAAGAAGAUCUGCGCAAUUGAAAAGAAAAUAUCCAAAUUUAAUUUUUGAAAGUGUUAGAGGCAAUAUUCAUACAAGAUUAGAUAAAGUUGAUGACCCAGAAUCUCGUUAUACUUGUAUUAUAUUAGCAACAGCAGGUUUGAUCAGAAUGAAUUUAGAUUAUAGAAUUACUCAAAGAUUCGAUUCAAAAAUUAUGUAUCAUGCUGUAGGACAAGGUGCUUUAGGUUUAGAAAUUAGAAAAGGUGACUUGAGAAUGCAUCGUAUCCUUGAAGAAAUUUGUGAUUUAGAGACAACUGUUUGUUGUUUAGCUGAAAGAUCUUUAAUGAGAACUUUAGAAGGUGGUUGUUCCGUACCAAUUGGUGUAGAGACUCAAUUUAAUAUUAAUACAAAAACUUUAACUUUUAAAGCUAUUGUAAUUAAUGUUGAAGGUACAGAAUGGGUUGAAGAUUCGGAAAGAAGAAUCCUUGUAGAUUUUGAAAAAGAUGCGAUUGAAUGUGGUAUGAUUUUAGCAAACAGAAUGAUUGAAAAUGGUGCUAAAAAAAUCUUGGAUAAUAUUAAUUUAAACAAAAUCAAAUAA